CUCAGAGUGGCUUGGGCAUACUUCCUUACUCUCCUGCCUACAAGGAGCCUGCAGAAUCCUUUCCUCUUCCUUGGGGACAAAGUCUGCCACUGCACAAGAAACACCUGCAGUUCUAAGUGCUGGAAGCCCAGCGAUGGCUCUAGAUUCUCGCUAUGCCUGCCAACCCAGCCUUCUCAGCAACGUGGCCACCUGCACUGUCUGCUCCCAUAGCAAGAGCUGCUGUGUGACUCGGGGAGCACAGAGUGGCCCAGCUGCGCUGGGGCGUGAGAGUGCUGCAGGACAAGGAGGUGGCAUUAGGGAAGUGCUGGAGGCACCCAGAAAACAGAAGUUAGCAGGGCGUGGGCUGCAGGCUAAGGUCGGCAGUGGUGGAGACAGCAGCUACCUGAGUAAGUUGGUCUGCCUUCAAGCCUGCUUUGCCAUCAAUUUCCUUCUUGUUCAACAACUCUCAGGUGCUUUAAAAGCCUUCUGUCUCUGCUCCCUUGUUAUGAUAUGCCUGAAACACAGUUUGCAAAUUCUAAGGGCCUUGGACAUCGUUUGUUACUGUUUUUCACUGGAGAGAGUUCCAAGUAUUGCUGUAGCUAUUCCAAGGCAGCCUAAGAUGAGUCACUCCAGCAGUGGGGGAGGAGCUGAGCCUGGGAUUUGGCUAGGCUCCGCAACUGGCCGUGUGAUGCAGCAGCCUUCACUGGCGGGCCUGGGCUGCCGCAGAGCCAUUAUCCCCGAUAAAGGCUCCCAGCUCUCGCUGCGGAGGACCCCGCAGGCUUGGCAGGGAGAGCGAGUGCGAUUCGCGUGGUUAGAUCCACUCUCACGCAUCUCACUUAAUCUUCACCGAAAUCUGCAGGCUCAGAGAGGUCCCGCCCUGCGCGGCGAGCCUCGGGCCACCAGCCCUGCGCGCCGUGUCCAGAGCCGGGACGAGAGUGGGCGGCGGCAGCGCGCGCUUCUGGGCCGGGCCCGCAGAAACUGUUGCUAG